AUGGUGCGCCUCGGCAACGCCCCCAUCCCUGGACCUCCAGGCCGUCUAGCCAGGUGGCAGCGCUGGUGGAACCAGCAACGCGGCCGGCCCGCGACUCCCGACGUGGCCGUGUUGGCCUCGCUGCUCACAGACCUCAAGUCGGCCACCAUCAAGACGCUCGGCCCAGCACACCCCGCGGUAGACCUCAUCGCCAUCACGCACCCGUCCAUCCCCGCGCUGACGCCCCUGGACCUGGCCAAUGCCCUAUCCCACGCCGGCCUGCGCAGCUGGUUUGCCCUAGGCGAAAAGAAGGCCAGGAGCUACCAGCCGAGUUACGCCAUCCAGUCCCGGGCCGCCUUUGCGGGGAACGGCCACGGGCUUUGCGCGUCCUACGCCGACCUUUUCGAGUGUUGGUUUGAGAACUCCAAUCUGCUGUGGCAUCGCGUGCUGUUUGUCUCGCUUACGGGGCACGCCUUGUAUGCAUCCUUAGAGGCGAUGAGGGACGCUUACCCCCGCUGGAGACCUGAAGGUCCGAGGGUUGUGGACUUUCGCGCCGGUCUGGACGCGCAGGACGGGUUCGCCUCCGAGUCCGACUACUGGGCCUACGUCCGAUCGCUCAUUGUCGGGCUGGCGGGGGCUAGCGACGUAGGGAAACGGCCGCCUGGGAUGGUGCUGUUGGGGGGCGAGAACGGGACACACCCGGUCCUCCUCGAAACAGUGCGGGAUGCGUUGGCCGAGUUGUACCCGGGAGAGGGACUGGUGCCACCAUUGAGCAUAAACGCCACUGCCGUCGUUGACCCGACAUAUGCCGCCGCUCGAGGCAUGGCUGUGUAUGCUAGACGGCGUCAGGAGGUGCCUGGGGAUUGCAAAGAGGGCCGGGAGUGCUACCAAAAAAGGGACGAAGAGCGCAGGGAAGGUGAUGAAGUGAAGGUAGAACUCCAUUGA